AUGCGUGUGGUUACCAGCGUGCUACUGCUCUACUGCCCACCGGAGGCGACGAAACGACGCCGCAUCAUACGACUCUUGCUCUUGUGUCGUAUCAGAUCUUUGCUUCGUGAACGCAACCUUCUACAUUCAUUGGCCCUCUUAGACGACCAGCUUGGCAGUCCUUGGAACAAGAUGUAUUACAGCCGUCACACGACGUCGUUCAUCACAGCGGUUUCAAUUCCACCCGACACCUUCGACAACCUGCUUGCCGUUUUCAUCCCACCCGCGACGUAUGCCCGGGUUUUGGCAAAAGCUGAAAAAGCGUUGUCCCUUGCGUUGAAGGCGAUGCCCGACGCAGCGAUUUGUUGGCCGACGUUUGAUCAGCAAGUGGUUUGGGCUCAGGCAACGGAAGCCCGCGAGCCGCUUGUUACGGGAGUUUUUGCAUUCGUGGACGGAAAAAAUCUCCCUGUUCGGGAGCCGUCGUCGUCGGAUUUACAAAAUGCUCAGUACAAUGGCUGCCUAAUGGGGAAUGGGAUCUGCGGUCAAAGUGUACCGCCAAUUAGAUCUAAAAAUGCCUUACGAUCCACCAUUGCGCGGUCGCCGUUUACAGAACAUUUUCCGUUUGUACAACUAUCGGGUGCGCCAGACAGGAAUAAGCCAGAUUAA